AUGGAUAAUAUCAUAAAUGAACAUGAAAAUAGCCCACUCCAGUCUGAAGAUGACAUUUUACAAUGUGAUAGAUAUGGCUUUCGUGGUGGCCAGCAGUAUACAAAUCCAGAGGAAGAAGAUCGUGUUUCCCAUCGAGGUUAUACGUUCACGAGAGUUAAAAUGGAGGAAAAUCUACGUGAUCGAUGUCGAAAAGGAAUUCCUGAUUCAUUUCGUUGUGAAGCAUGGCAACGACUUUGUGCAAGCCCAAUGGUACUUGUUCAACGUCAACGAAUUACAUGUGAUGAAACUGUCGAGACAAAAACAACAACUACAGGAACUAGUCAAAGUGUUGAUCAUAGUAGUAAAAGUAAAUUUCCUAGGCAUCGUUUUGGCACAUUAUCAAAUCGAACAAAUUUUAAAAGUUUACAAAUGGUUAUCACUUCCCAAGUUUUCGUACUAGUCAAAUUAAAGAAGACGAUAGACGCAAACUUUUAUUUCGAAAGUUGCACGGCACUGACAGUACUGGUUAAAGAUGUUAUUCCUGAUUCACAUGAUAGCUGUCGAUAUCCUUCAGCACUACCUCUUUCCUUACAAAAUCACGAGAGUCCAAAUACUCAAAGAAUAUCACCGUGGCAACGAAAUACUUUCAAUAGCGAAUCCAUUCGAUCGAUAUCCGGUACAACUCAUAGCAGUCUUCAUAAUUUACCUUCUAGUGCAUUGAACAAUGUUAAUUCUUCAAUGUUUAACCAAUCAGCAUUACCUAAUUCAGGUUAUUCAACAAUUGCAUCUGUUCAUGGUAAAUCAUGUUCACCAGAAUCACAUAUUGAUACUACUGAUAUGAUAAAAUCAAAUCAUGUUACAACUACUAGAAAUUCCGGUGGUUAUGCUAGUCUUAGUACGACAUCUUGUACAGAUAGUUCUAGUACAAAUCAUUUUCAAAACGAAAUUCAAAUUCACGAAGCAUCAUCCACAGAUUCAUGUACCUCCAUUUUAAUAUCAUCAUCUGUUGGAUCGUCAUCAUCACCAAUUUUACAUCGAAUUGCACGAAAUAUUGAUGUGUUUUCUAACCAAACAAGUGGUGAUAUUCUAACAGAAUACGAUAAUGAUGAUCCCAGAGCUACACUUGUCCCAUCGAUUGAUUUAGAUCCAGAGAAAUUAUAUACAAACUAUUGCUUACAAGAAGGGACAUCAGUUAAUUGUGAUCAAAUACGUCGUGAUAUUGAUCGCCAAUUUCCUUUCCAUGAAUUAUUCAGUGAAAAAGGAGGUCAUGGUCAAGAAAGUUUAUACACCUUACUAAAAGCUUAUACAAUUAGACAUCCGGAGAAAGGUUACUGUCAAGGUCAAGCCCCACUAGCAGCUGUCCUACUCAUGUUUAUGCCGGAAGUUGAUGCCUUUUGGACUUUCAAUGAAAUUUGUGAACGUUAUUUAGAAUCUUAUUAUGAUGAUGGUCUUGAACGAGUACAAAUUGACGGGGACGUCUUAUAUGCGCUUCUUAAGUCGAUACAUCCUCCAAUAUACAAAUUUUUACGAAAAUAUUCAGUGGAACCAAAUCUUGUCGUUUUGGAAUGGUUCAUGUGCGCUUACACACGAACUUUACCUUGGACAGCUGUAUUAAGAAUAUGGGACUUGUUCUUCUGUGAUGGUAAAAUCAUAUUAUUUAAAGUGGCUAUUGUUUUAUUGAAUCGUUUAUUUGGACAUCCUUCUCACCGUAAAUCAUGUCAAGGACUUGACGAUAUUCUUAUGAGAUUACGUGAAGUAUCAUCUGUUGUUGGCAAAUUGGAUAAUUUCAUCCGUGAAGUUGUUCGAGUCCCUAUAACUACGAAAGAAUUAAGUCAACAAAUUGUUCGACAAUCUCAAAAAUGGGCAGCUAAUCAUCAGAAACAAUCUUAG